AUGGCCGAUUUUCUUGUUCUAUUGCUCAAAAAAUAUGUCGAGGAGAGAUUUGCAGGGCCGUUGAAAAGCAAUGAGAGAAUAACCCUUUCGUUGGACGAUAUAAGAAGAAUGGACAGGGAGCUUAGCGCAAAGAUCCUGGAGGAGCCCAUUUCGUUCAUACCGCUUGUAGAGGACGAAUUAAACGUUAAAUUUUCGUUUGUCGGCUCAUUCGGUGAAUAUCAGCAUACCCCGUCAACCAUAACAUCUAAUUUUCUUGGCAAGAUGGUGAAAGUUGAAGGAAUCAUCACCUCACUCUCUAACAUUAAGCCGAAAUUGAAGAAAAGCGUACAUGAACAGCACAAUGCAUUCUACAGCAAAGAGUACAGAGACGCAACGACACUGACAGCGUUUCCCCUCACCAACACGGUGGUGCCACAAACACUUCAAAAUGAGGUUUUGAACUUCGAAUAUGGUUUCAGCACCUACAUUGACACACAGGCAGUCACCAUACAGGAAAUGCCGGAAAAUACCAAGCCUGGUGCAAUGCCCAGAUCGAUGAAUGUCAUCCUUUACGAUGACCUGACCGAUUCACUGAAACCGGGUGAUCGAGUUGUGUUGGCCGGUAUUUACAAGACCUACUGCUAUAAUAACACGAAUUUUCCGAAUUAUUUGCCGACCGCGCUGAUUGUAAAUCAUGUUGAAAACAAAAAUAUAAAACAAAUAUUCGAGGAGAGGUUUAAAAAAGUAACAUGCGAACGCACAAAUGAGUAUACCACACAGCUGAACGAGAAUGGUAAUAUCUCCAAUCAAAUGGGCGAUACCAAUAGGCAUGAGCAGAUCCCAUGCUCCAAUUUCCCCGAUGGUGAAAGCACAGUCACAUCAGAAAACGUUCUGGAGUACGUAGCACCAUUCAUUUUCAUUUCGCCACAGAUCAAAAAAGCUAUUCUUCUGCAAAUGAUCGGUUCAGAGAACGAUGUGUGUCGAAGAAGUAUAAAUUUACUGCUGCUGGGCGAUCCUUCAACCGCGAAGAGUCAGAUACUGCGAUUUGUCAUAAAUACGAUGAAUGCGAUUAGUACUAGCGGCAAGGGAUCAACCGGCGUAGGCCUAACGGCAAGCAUUGUAUCAGAUAAGAACGAAAGACGAUUAGAGGCGGGUGCGAUGGUGCUAGCAGAUAACUCUAUAAUUUGCAUCGAUGAAUUUGAUAAGAUAAACUACAACGAUUCUGUAGUUUUGCACGAGGUGAUGGAACAACAGAGCAUCAGUAUUAACAAGGCAGGGAUACACGUCACUUUGAACGCACGAGCCGCAGUUUUGGCGGCCGCAAACCCGGUGUAUGGUAAUUUUGUGGACGAUGCGCUGGAGAAACAGGUGAAAAUACCGGAGAGCCUCCUGAGCAGGUUUGAUCUGAUAUUCCUGGUAAUUGAUGAUGGUUCGUUUGAUUCGCAGAUUGCUGAUCAGGUGCUGCGCAACCACAGCAGCUCGUCAGAUCUCCAGGAUGACCGUGUGUUCGAUUUAAGCAAGUUUAUUUUCGAGUGCAAGAAGUACAAACCAAGAAUACACAAGGAGUUCGCUCGUCUGACCAGUGAUUGUUGCGUGAAGAUGAGCAAGCUUGAAAAGACCGUUGCUCUAAGUAUGUCUUUUCUAUUGUGA